AUGACUGAUGGACAAGCACAGCCGGCUGAUGAUGGCACCGGGGAGGAGCUUCAAGAAAAGGAUCUGAAUGUGAGCAUCCCACCGCCUCCAGAAGCACAACAUGACCGACCAGCUCGGAAAAGAGCAAACAAGACGAAGACCUCUUUCAUACAGGAGUCUGAUGAUUGCACCGCUGGGGAAGAGCUUCAGCAAGCGGAUGUUAAUGUGAGCCUCCCUCUGCCUCCAGAUGCAGACCAUGACCGACCAGCCCGGAAAAGACCAGACAAGACGAAGACCUCUUUCAUGCAGGACUUUUGCGCCUGCUGCACCCAUACUGAGCAGGUUGAUGAUCUGAAUCCUACAGUUAUUGGCGAAUGUUUGGAGCAUUUGGCCAUCAAAACAAGGUUCAGCAUUCGCAACAUUUGCUGUGACUCGGAAGUACGUUUGAUUGAGCGGAUUGUCACUCCACUUCCUGGAGUUGAGAGUGUGUCCAUCAACACCUUCCAGAAGAUUUGCAUCGCAGUCCACUGCCCAAGCUGUACCACACCAGACUCUAUCGUUGAAAAGCUUAACCGCUCGGGUUUGGGUGCUGCCUUGCUCGGCCAAGGAAACAUGGAGAUCAACCCUGAGGCUCCAAGCCUAAGAGAUAUGUUCCAUCGCCACAGCCGCCAGGUACUGGUCGUGGUGUCAGCUCUGCUAUUGACCAUGGGGCUCGUUGGGUCGGGCGAGGUUUUGCUUCUUCUGGCACUGGUGGUGGGCUUGCUUGCGAUCUUGCGCGAGUCGCUGGUCACUCUGAGGAAGGGGCAGAUUGACAUCAGCACCUUGGUGGUUUUGGCUUCCCUCGCUGCCGCCAUGCAAGGUGAAAGAGCAGAUUCUGCUUUGGUAGUCUUGCUCUUCAACAUCUCAAAGGUGGUGGAAUCAGUGGCGCUGAAUCGAGUCUCCAGUGCACUGCGGGCCGUGUUGCAAUUGCAGGCAGUCCACACAGUGCAUUUGGUGGAAGGCAAAGCUGUGCCAGUCUCGGAGCUGAAACCAGGAGAUGAGAUUGCCCUGCGGCCUGGGGAGGAAUGCCCUGCAGACGGCUUGGUGUCAAAAGGUUCGGCUUCUUGCUCAGAGGCUGCUCUAUCCGGAGAGUCCAGACCAGUUCACAAGCAGAAGGGCGACCUGAUCUCCUCUGGCGCAGUGAUUCUCAAUGGAUAUUUGGAAGUCACCUUGACGACAGCUAGUUCCCAAAGUGCCCUAUCACUAAUUGAAGCACAGGUUGAGGAGGCUCAGAUGAAAAGGACAGACAAACACCUGAUGAUCCAGCGCUUUGCGCGUUUGUGGACUCCCAGUAUCAUCUUUGCAGUGCUGGUGAUUUGCAUCUUGAUUCCUCUCUUGACCAAUGGUGAUUUCCAAACCUGGAGCCAUCGUGGCCUUGUGGUGCUGCUCACCGCAUGCCCAUGUGCGAUUGUCAUCGGAGCACCUUUGGCCACCACCUGUGCAAUUGCUGCUGCAGCCUCUCACGGACUCCUCAUCAAACGGCCUGAGACAGUGGAGAAGUUGCCGCACAUUGCAGCCGUGGGACUGGACAAGACUGGAACCCUAACAAAAGGUGAGCUGAGUGUACUUGCAGCAGAGAAGCUCGGUGAUCCAAACUUAGAAGAAGAAGUGGUGCUGAAAUGGGCUGCAGCUCUGGAGCUGCGAUCUUCUCACCCUAUUGCUGCUGCAAUUGUGUCAAAAGCUCUUGGCUGCGUUGGGGAAGCCUUGGAAUAUACUGACCUUCCAGAAGUAACAAAUUUCCGUGUCUUGCCAGGAGUUGGGAUACAAGGUUUUGUCCCCAGCAAAACUGGCUCGUCGAAGGUGAUUCUUGGGAACAAGCGAGCCCUGGAUGUGGCCAAUGCUGACCCAUCAGACCAUUCUCGCUUCAUCGCUUUCCAAGAGAAAUAUCAUCAUCACACAGCAGUUGCCAUCAUGAUUGAUGGCAAACUUCAGUUUGGCCUAGCUUUGAAUGAUACCAUCAGGCAGGAAGCAGCCAAGAUGGUUGAGGAUUUCAAAACCAUCGGCUUCAAACCCGCAAUGUUAACAGGAGACACUGCAGAAGCUGGUGCUUUUGUCGCACAGUCGUUGGGGCUAGAUGAUGAACUAUGUCGGUUUGCUAUGACACCGGACCAGAAGCACGAGUGGGUUGCUUCAAGCGAGUCGGAGGGGCGCCAUGUCUUGAUCCUGGGUGAUGGCAUAAACGAUGCCACUGCCCUGGCAGCGGCCCAUGUGGGCGUCGCCAUCGGUGAAACUGGGGCGGCCUUAGCGGCACAGUCUGCAGACAUUGUGAUGAUGACCGACAAGUUAUACCGACUUCCACAAUGCGUGUUGCUUUGUCGCUAUGCCCUUCGCAUUGAGAGACUGAAUAUUGCAAUUCCAUGCAUAGUGAAGCUUCUCCAAGCCGGCAUUGCCAUGGCCAUGGAUAUCAAAUUAUGGAUCGUGGUGGUGGCUGACUUGGGCACCUUGCUCCUAGCGUUGUUGCUGGGCAUUUCCGUGCUAUCUCCGGCCUUCUGGCAGAGUCCGGGCUCUGGCAUCCUCACCGUCAGCAAGACCCGAAGAUUCCGGAGACGAUUGAGGCAGUAUGAACAGUUCUCAGGCGCUGAUUAUUCAGUUGCAGGCGUGGCCAUGCCGGUGCACAAGCCACAGCCGAAGAGCCUCGAAACCAGCUUAAGUGCACCAUCUUUGGGCAAGGAUGACAGCUUCAACAUGAGAUCUACUACAGGCUCCUUGCCAAACAUCCCGUCUGUUGCGCUCUAUGCUGCACCCUCCUAUAGUUCUUUGUACUCCGAUCCCGAGGACCUUGAGCCUGGUCCCGGAACCUAUGACAUUGGCCAAAGCUUCGGCCGACAGCAGCUCUCCCAGAACUUCUCGGAGCCCUCAGCGCCGCUGAUCGCCAAGCACGGCAAGGCAUGGUCCAAGACAAUGAUCACCAAGGACCAUCUCAUGGCCAUGAUGGCUCGUGACUCGCCAGCACCAGGUACCUACAUACCGCGCCUAGUCAAGUCCGAAGCCCGCGUGAGAUUCGGCACCUCCAAGAGGCCAGACUUAUGCGACACUCACUUCCGUGCUCCUGGACCAGUCUAUGAGGUUCGAGGGUCACCUGACAACCCUCCAGCGCACAUUAGAUUCUCCAAGGCCAACCGUUUCGCCUUGGACGACCGUAGCUUAGCCGAAUCCUUGGGCUCCACAGGCCCCGGUCAGUACGAGGUGAAGGGCUCAGUGGAUGGCUCGGGAAAACAUGGCCGCUCCUUCGGAGCAUCCCACAGGGCGUAUGACAGAGUGAGGUUCCCCGGCUCCGAGAAGGAGGGGCAAGGUCGGUCAUCACCUGGCCCUGGCCCUCCAUUGCCAUACCAGCUGGCUGGCCGAUCAAUCUCAUUCUGCAGGGCGGAGCGUCUUCCAGGAGACCGGAACGAAAGGGCGCCAGGUCCCGGUGCCUAUGAGGUGCAUGAAAAGCCGAAUCCCGAUAUGAAGACGCAGAGCGUCUACUCCUUCGGCAGGCCCAGUGCACGCAGCCGCAUGGACUUCAAGACCAUGAAGAUGCUGCAAGCUUCUUCACUCUGGGGCAUCAACUGA